AUGGUUGGCACGUUAAGUUUAAAACUGAGCUUACGCGAUGCAUCGCUGGUGAUUAUCUUCUUCAACUUACUAUGCACUGUCCCACCCGCAUACCUUUCCGUCUUUGGACCGAAGACCGGCAUGCGGCAAAUGAUACAGGCCCGUUAUAGCUAUGGGUACGCCCAUACCUUGCCAAACUCAUCAUCCCCCCCCCCAAAUACCCCGGCCUGGUUGCAUGGUCCAUCUAACGCCGUUGAUAGGUUAUAUCUAGUCAACAUCGUAGUGCUGCUGAACAUGUCAACCAUGUCUGGCUUCACGAUUAUCAACUGCGUGAUUGGCGGACAAACUCUCUCAGCUAUCAAUGGCGAUUUAAGCGUAAACGUCGGCAUCGUUAUCGUAGCCUGCGUGGCACUGUUCAUUUCGUUCUUCGGGUAUAGGGUGCUAUACCACUAUGAGAAAUGGGCCUGGAUACCCACGCUGAUCUCGCUCGCGGUCGCCACGGGUUUUGGAGGGAAGUACCUCGCUAACCAGCACACCCCACCACCAGCAACAGCAGUACCAAUUCUAUCGUUCGGCGGGCUCCUCGCCGGCUUCCUUAUUCCCUGGGCAGCGCUAAGUUCAGAUUACUGCGCCUACUUCCAUCCAAGCGUGAACUCAAAACAUGUCUUUGCAGCCGUAUACGCCGGCCUCUGUCUACCAAAUAUACCCCUAAUGAUCCUCGGCGCAGCAAUAGGCGGCGCAGUACCAAACAUACCCAGCUGGUCUUCAGCAUACGAAACCGGUUCCGUCGGCGGGAUUCUCGCCGCCAUGCUCGCUUCUGCCGGCGGAUUCGGCAAAUUCAUCAUCGUCUUACUCACCUUCUCUACCCUCGGUAACAUCGCCGCAAGCAUCUACAGCAUCUCGCUGAACUUCCAGCUUCUACUGCCUAUAUUCCUGCGCGUGCCCCGCGCCAUAUUUGCCAUCGUGUUCAUAGCAAUCGUCAUACCAGUAUCGAUACGGGCGGCGGUAAGUUUCUUUGUCUCGCUUGAGAAUUUCGCUGCAGUCAUAUCAUAUUGGUCCGCUACGUUUGUGGCCAUCAUCGCUAUCGAGCAUGUUGUUUUUAGAAAAGAUGAUUAUGCCUCGUACGAUGCCACCAUUUGGAACGACGCCGCUGCCUUGCCGAGUGGUGUGGCUGCUAUAGCGGCGGGUGCGUUGUCGUUUGCGCUUGUGGUGCCGUGCAUGUUGCAGACUUGGUUCCAGGGCCCGAUUGCGAAGAUCACGGGCGACAUUGGAUUUGAAGUUGCCAUGGUGCUAAGUGGGAUCUUGUACCUCCCUUUGCGGGCGCUGGAAAUCAAGAUCCGGAAAAGGAUAUAG